GCAAUACUAUUUAAGUCAAAAGAAGCUGAUGUCAUUGGUAAAGCUUUGAUUUCACUAUUUGCACAAUGGGGUGCGCCAUUAAUCUUGCAGUCUGAUAACGGUAAAGAAUUUACUGCCAACAUUGUUAAACAUAUUUGUGAAGCACUUGGAAUUAUGAUUUAG